GGUGGAUCGUGAUAGAAUCUCAGUCAGUGCUUUAAAUGUUUAUAGGUACGGUCAGCAUCGAAAACACUAUUGUUAGUCGGCUGUCUGCCGAACGCAUCUCUGGUGAUUUGGUACACAGAUGAUUGGUUGGACAACUUCGAAUUACGUCAUACAUGGGAACAUUAUUACAGACGACAAAAGUAAUUCGCACUUCAAAAGUUUAAGUUUAGACAGAUGAAACAUUUUGAAUUGAUGUGCAAUACGCCCUUUGUAUAGAUUAGUGUUGGGUAGCUGAUAUUAUCAUUAUUAUUACAGAAUGAGGUAGCACUGGAUUCAUACACCAUGCUGAAAUGAACUGUACUUAAGAGAAGAGCAGGACGGCUGUAAUUUACUGGAUUUAUAGCGUGAACAAGUGGAAAGGGAAAACCUAAAAGCGCUAUCUUUCUGUUGUUCUAUUUAAAUUUUUAUAAGGAUGCGCAGACCUACUUACGAACGGUUUGUAGCACUGCUGACGAUGUCUGCGUGUAUGUGCUGUGUGUUAACCUACAUGCACGUUUGGAUAGGAAAUCUCGAGCGACAUCUGAAGAAUGGCGACACGUCUACAGGAUUUAUAUCCACACUCAAAUCCCGAACUUUGCUUGGUGAGAAAUCUGUAAUUCCAGUAAGUGAAGCCACUGAAGAAAAGAAACAAGAAAAUCAAGAGGAUGAUUUCGACGAAGAUGAUUCCAUUUUUAAUGCCGAAGUUAAAGCUGAUGUAGAAGAUGUUAUAUCGUAUCCAUGGCAACCAAAUCAAACCGCAGCAGUUGUCAAAAGACGAGAGAUGUUAUCCUAUUUCAACUUAUUUAAAGUGUUAACAAUGACAUCUGAUGACGUCACAAGCGGGCAUUUAGCGCGGUUUUAUUCUGCUAAAUCAAAAACGAUUAUAACGGUACCAGGCGGCAUGCACAACUUGCUUCCCAGACGUCAGCUCUUCCGUAAAAAACACUACAAACAAUGUUCACUUGUUGGUAACAGCGGCGUCCUACUACAGAGUGGCUGCGGAAGAACUAUCGACCAAUCAGACUUCGUCAUCAGGUGUAAUUUCGCGACAAUCAAAGGAUACGAAGCAGAUGUUGGAUCCAAAGUUGACGUUGUGACCUUUAAUCCAAGUAUAUUAAAUAAUAAAUAUAACUCCCUUUCAUUGGAAAAGGACAAAACAAAAUUUAAAAGAGACUUAAUCGAAUAUGGAAAAUAUGUGUUGUGGGUUCCCGUGUUUUCAGACCACGCAGUGUCUUCAACAAUAAGGACGUUAAUUGACUUUUUAGGAAAAAAUAAAGGUGAUUUAACCAAUGUACAGCUUGCAUUUCCUGGCAACGUUCUUCCCGCCAUUGAAGAUUUUUGGUAUUCAAAAAGCAUCGAUGAAGAGAGAAUCAGCACUGGAUUGCUUAUGUAUAUGAUUUCUAGUCUACUGUGUGAAGAAGUCCAUCUCUUCGGUUUUUACCCAUUCCCUGAAUUUCGCGGUAAACAGAUUCCAUACCAUUACGACCACUCAAUGAACAGGACGGCAGAAAAUUACGACUUUGGCUACAUGAAGGUACAUCGUCUUCCCGACGAGUUCGCCUAUUUGACAAAGCUGCAUAAGGAGGGCGCUAUUAACUUACACCUUGAAUCUUGCACGUCAUAAUAAUACAGUAUUAUUUAAAGUGGCUGUUUUCUGUAAUGGUUUGGUCCGUAUUUUCCUGAUUGUGACAAAACAAAUUCCAUUAAAAUAAGUUUACUAUUGUUUAGAGCUAUAGUAUAUUUAAAACUUCUAAUGCAUAACAAUACAAAUUGAAAAUAUUUAUUAAUUAGUUAACGAAUAAUACGAAUAAAUUUAUCUAUUACAACAUAGGCCUGA